UCAGGCGAACAGCAACUGUCCAGCUCUCGCCCAAUCUCUCACUCUCUCUAGAGGGCAAGUGAAUCGCAAUAGUGAAUCGCGCGAAAUCGAACCCCAAUUAAUGUUAAAACUCAGUAUGUUAAAAUGACGGAUACGGACACAACAACAAGUGACAAAUUCUGAACUUUCUGAAUAGAAAAACAAGAAAACAAACUAGGAAUAACAUAUAGUGGUUGUGAUUGUGAUUCUGAAUGGAAUCGCGAUUGUGUUUGUGAUUGUGAUUGUGACAGGCAAAUAAUCAAAUCGAUUGUGCUCGUUGAAAGAAAAUUGCAGUUUAAGCGCGAUAAAGACGUAAUUAGCUAAAAUGCCAUUGCUGCCAACCAUUGAGGAGGAGGGCAAACUCUCCUGGCUGCGUCUCAUGUGGCGCUAUCGCCUGCAGUUCCAGUCGAUGACCGCCGCUUCACUUGUGUUUGUGGGCAGCGGCAUGCGACUGGCCUGGUCCAUUUUUGAUACACCCGCCGGCAAGUUCCACAACAGCUACGGCACUCACAACAUAAUGAUGAGUUGGUUCAUUGGCGCUGCUCUUGGCGCUCUCCUUGCGGCGGUCUUUGUCCAGCGCGUUACUAAAAACGUGGCCUAUACCUCCAGCGGCUUUCUUCUGCUCGUGGCUGGUAUUCUGAAUCUGGUGCUGCCGAGUCACUUCAUCUCCGCCUGCUACAGCAGCGUCAGCGUAGGAGCCGCCUAUGGACUGACCCAGGUGCAGGCUCUGGUCACUGGCUCGGAGGUGGCCCACAAGUCGAUCCGUGGCAUGUUGCUCAGCUGUGAGCGCAUCUUUCUCUGGCUGGGCGUUUGCAUUCAAGUCAUUUAUACGCGUCUUUGGCAUACCCUGGAUUCUGUGGAGAUGGGACACUCGAUGCACAUCAACCAGCUGCAUGGCGUGCUCUUGGCCACUUUGGGCGUAGCUGCGGUGAUUUUGUCGCUGGCUCAUCGUCUGGAGUCGCCACUGCUGCUGCUGCGCCAGGAGCGGGACAUGGCACUGGGAGAUACCCUAAAGCAGCUACAUGGUCAGUCGCAGUCGGGCACGGAGCUGCUGCGUCUGCGCGAGGAUUGUCGACAGCUGCACAAUGCACGGGACUGGGAGCAGUUUGCGGAGGUUCCUUUGGACUCCAGCUGGUACCGCCUCUCCCGUCGCAUGCUGCCGCUGCUCAAGGUGCUCUUCCUGCGCUGCUUUGCCGCUCUGGCGCUCUCACUGCCCUACAAUCGGGCCUUUCUGGUGAUUAGCGAGUAUGGACUGCAGUGUGACAUGAAUUGUCUGUACUGGCUGGCAUUCUGUGGCCUACUGGGCAGCUUGGGUGGUGCCUUGCUGGUCGACUGGCAAGGACGCCGCAAACUCUGCUCGUUGUCGCUGUUCGUGUCGGGCAUUGUCAUUGUCAUGGUUGGCGGCGUCUUUGAGCACUUGGAGCUGGUAAAGAAGACCUACUUUGACAUCAAUCUGCAGGCCAUUGCCUGGCUCAUGCUGCUCUUUGAGAUUAUUGUGGCUGCUGGCGUCGCGGUGCCUGCUCUCGUCUACACUGGGGAGGCAUUCAGCGUGGCCCACAAGGCGCGGUGCCUGGCCGGCAUCCUCAUUUGCGAGCAGGCCUUGCAACUGAGUCUCAUGGCGGCUUCUUUUGAGCACCAUUUAAGGGAUUCAGUGUUCUUUUUUACCUUUGGUGGCUUGAGCUUUACCUUCGGCCUGCUUGUCUUCACCUUGAUGCCGGAGACGAGGCAGUUGACACUCUACGAGUGUCUGCUAAAGUUUAAGAAAGUUCCCUAGACUCUACUCCCAUCAAGUCGUAUCCAGUUACCUAUCAAAUAGCUAUUCCUAUCUACACUAAGUGGCAUGCAUUUAUCUCUAAUAGCAUAUUCUGAAUAUUGUGCAUAAAUAGAACUAUUUCUUAUAUUGAGACAUGACUGUAGUAUUACAUUCUAUUUAUUCCACAUAUCAAAUAUAUUUUCAAACUUUCUACA